CUAUAUGACGUCACGACCACUACCAUAUACACAUGAUAACGUGUUAUAAAUUGGCAUCAAACUUGAUUUACUUCUGUAAGAAGACAAAUCCUCACGAGACUUCGACCAUCUAUUCUUUAAUAUUACCUACUUUUUCGGACGAAAGACAGAAAAUUACUCAAAAGACUUUUGGAAACCUUUACAUUUUCUUGGACAGUUUUUAAAAGUUUUCUCCAUUCGGCGUUAGAUAUGAAAUAUUAUGUACACGUCAUUCUGCUGCUCCAGUUUCUGCAGAUGAUAUGGGGCUCCACAGACUCCGUGGAUGAAUCGCAUUCCAGAGUGAGGCGAGGUGGACUGAGCAUGCUCAGACUUGGGCGCGGAUUACAAAUGUUGAGACUGGGAAAGCGGGGGAUGCCCAUGCUCCGGUUAGGUCGUUCAAAUGGACUGAGUGAAUCUGAAGACGAAGAUUUUAUGUACCCGGAUGAGAGCGAGUUAGGGGAAGGCAGAAGACAAGUACCGUUGCCAAGAUAUGGGAAAGAUUUGCAGCAGCAGUUACAACUCAACUGGUUAUUACAGACCAUGUUAGACAAUGAUGUGGAUACAAAUGGAAUAAGAUAUAUUCGUCCUGCUGGUCGCCCUGGACGCUUCAGGAGAUCACUAAAGCAAGAUGAUAGCGAGGAGAAAGACAGCCAGGAACGAACCGUACCACAUCCCCGCAUCGGCCGCUUGAUACAGAUCGAUGAUUUCAAAUAUCCAUCUUCCAAACUUGACGGAUACUAUUUAACCGAUUCUAAUGUAUUUACGGAUAAACGUGGAAUGCCAAUGUUACGGUUGGGACGAGGAAUGCCCAUGCUUCGUCUGGGCAAGAGGCUUCAAGAUGGCGGAUCAAAACGAGGCAUGCCGAUGUUAAGACUGGGGAAACGCACACAUGUUCAGGCAAAUUCUGCUUCGCAGAGAGAUUCAGAGUCAAAUCAAAAUAAACGUGGAAUGCCCAUGCUUCGCCUAGGAAGAAAUGCAAAUUAAAGUUAACAUACUUUACCAUAUACUAAACUCAUCUCUUUGCAAACAAACAUUGUAGUUAUGGCACUCCGAAAACUGUACUAGCAAGCAAAAUUAUUAUUUAGUAUGAUGUGUAUAAAGAAUUUUCUUUCGAAUAUAUCUAAUGUCCAUACAAUAUUAAUGACUUAUCAAGUAACUGUCGCAAUUAUCAAAGUAUUAUUUUGUGAUUGUUUAAAAUAUAGAAGCACUGUGAUCAUUACUGACUUAUUUUGAAUUAUUUUGUAUACAUGAUUAAAGGUGUUGAUACAAUU